AUGCUGGAAGAACUCGAAUUGAUUGACGAAGUCGAAUUGAUGGAUGAGGAAACCGCACCAGCUGAAACGCUCGAGCCCAGCGAACCUAUCGAAAAGGACGAGCUCACAAUAUUGAUGGAGCGGGUGUCUGACCAUGGAGAAGAGAUCAACGAAUUACUGGAUGAAUUGGAGGAGAUGGAGUAUGAGCACGACAUCGAGGAGGUUGCAGAAAUACUCGCUCAACGACGCGAUCACACAUCAGAGUCAUUUGUACACUUGGUCAGGCAACGCUUUGGAGAUGGUCUUCCAGAUGCACUAUUGAGCGAGGAGGAGCUUCAAAUAUACAUCCGGCUCUAUGGUGCCCCGAUCGGCCGAGCGGACAUCGAUGUGAUGGCUGAGGAGGAACAAGAUGAGCCGAGUUUGCUUCGCGAUGACGGAGAAGGCGGAUGGGAAGAGGUGGACAUGGAAGAGGAGGCUGCCAAGACAGACGACGCCUAUGCCUACGAUAUGGACAACCCACCAAAGGAUCCGGAGACCCUGGCCGAGCAGCGGACGAGAGAAGUGGCCGAGCAGCUCGGCGGGCCAGAAGCGCUCGAACAAUUCGAGGAUGAAGCAGUUCCCGGUCCUACUAUGAGAGCGGACCCAAAUACCCUCGCAGGACGGUUUGGGACGGAUCCAAGCACCAUUUUCUUGCCAGAAAAGGCCAUCAUUAAUCCCAUUGCGAAAAUCUUGUCUGGAUACGCAAACAAGCACCUUUAUGAGGUUUCCAAUCGUGUGUUCGGAGGACAAGGCCUUCCCCAUUCUACCGCAACGCCACGCGGCGGCUCAGAGCUUCCACAGAAGCCUCUCCCACUUGAUGCUUCACAGCGGUACAUGGGACAAAUGGAGGCCAAUACUUACCUGGCCGUUCUGUACCCGGGUAUCUACUCGGCCGUUCUGAGUGUUCUGGUCGAAACUCGAAAGCGACUAGGAGACGAUUGGCUUCGCGGGCUGCUAUCACAAAAGGGAGGCCCAAAUGUGCUUGAUGCCAGUGGUGGCGGCGCUGGUAUCCUGGCUUGGAAAGAUCUGGCCCGCACGGAAUGGGAUAAGAUGUAUCCCAGCGCACGAGGCAUGGCCACUCCUCCCGGCAAGUCAACAGUGAUUGUAGGCUCGGAUACUCUCCGUACUCGCGCUUCUCAGUUACUGGACAACACCACUUUCCUUCCCCGACUUCCCGACUACACACAUGUUCGACAAAAGCCAACCAUGAAAGACUCGAGUGAGGUCCCAAAGCGCAAGCAAUACGAUGUCAUCAUUGCACCCUACAGCAUCCAAGGGUACACAGAAAAUUAUGAGCGGAAACAGCACGUGGAGAACUUGUGGUCUUUGCUAAACCCCAACGGCGGUAUCCUCAUUCUACUCGAGAAAGGCCGCCAACGAGGCUUCGAGGCUAUCUCCGGUGCCCGUGAAAUGCUGCUCCAGCGCCACAUCGCAAGCCCUGGCUCCACGGAAUACGACAAUUUCCUCGAGGAUCCCGAUCAGCGCGAGGUCAUCCAGAAGGAGCCUGGAAUGAUUAUUGCGCCAUGUACCAACCACUCGACCUGCCCGAUGCACAACUUCUCCGGUACAUCACACGGUCGUAGGGAGUACUGCAGCUUCGAACAGCGUUACGUUCGUCCAUUCUUCCUGCAAAACAUCUUGCGGGCCAAGCACCGCAACCACGAAGACGUCAGGUUCAGCUACCUCUCCGUGCAGCGUGGUGUAGAUCUUCGACAGGAUCGCGGUUUCCAACAAAACUCCACUUCUACAGAUGUGGCGUUCGAAGGAUUGCACACGCCCGAAGAUCUCAAGCAGAAUAACGAACCAACUGUCGAAACUCUUGCCCUUCCUCGCACUGUCUUCCCGCCCUUGAAGCGUGAUGGCCACGUCCUCAUCGAUGUUUGCACUCCCGCCGGCAAGAUCGAGCGCUGGACCGUCUCACGCGCCCAGGGAGCCCAGCAAUACCGCGAUGCCCGCAAAGCCAAGCUAGGAGACUUGUGGGCUCUUGGAGCGAGGUUCCGCAGAGUUCGCAAUCUGGAGCUUGGCGGGAAGCAUUACGAGGGCAAGAAAGAGCGGCUGGAACGCCGUGCGGCUGAGCGUCAGCUUGAUGCAGAGGAAGAGGGCGAGAUUGAGGAAGACGAGGACGACUCCGAUGAUCCUGAUGAAGAUUACAGGGCUCGCAGCAUGCCUCAGGAUGUCCAGAAGAAGAAAGGACAGCGCGUUCCCACUUGGAAGAAGGCUCAUCAUAAUAAGAAGCUUCGACAGGCCUACAACAAGCGUGACAGAGACUAA